AUGAUGGGCACAGGAGAGGUUCGCGACACGACGGCGCGGCCGCAGAGCGGGACUCUGUCAGAGAGACACGCGCGUGCAGCCGAGCCCUGCCGCGCCGCCGCCGCCGCUGGAGCCGUGCCCCCUCUGCUGCCGCUGCGGUGUACGUACACCGUGGGCGAUCGCGUCGUGGACCUCGAGGGGCACCUGGGCACCCUGCGCUACAUCGGCGCAGUCCACGGCUACAGCCGAAGGGCAUCGGCGCGGCUGGCCUCCUCGCUCGCUGCGCCCGACAGCUCCUCGGGGGCCUGCGCAGACGAGGAAGAAGCGGAUCUCUGGCUCGGCGUCGAGUGGGAUGACCCCGGCCGCGGAAAGCAUGACGGCUCGCUCAACGGGAAGGUCUACUUCACCUGCGCGUCGCCAGAGACCCGACGACGCGCGACCCCCCGGGCCCCCCACGCCGCCGCAGAAGGCGGCGACUGCGGCGCAGAGCGAAGCACAGCCGGAUCCUUCGUGAAGAGAUGCAAACUCGUGGAGCCGCAGGACUUCAAGCGAGCCGUUGUCCAGAGAUACACCACGAAGCUGACCCAAGAGCAAGUCGACGCGAUGCUUCUCGUCAAUCCAAUUACGAACCGCACAAAGCCCGUGGAGUUCGUCGGCCGCGAAGAAGCCGAGGCACACUUCGCGCGCCUCCACCUGCUGAACGCGAUGAGCUUCAACGGCAGCUGCGCGAUUCGUUCUGCGGGGCCUUCGCCGCGCCUCGUGCUUCCCAACCUGCGCUUCCUGUCGCUGUCGGACAGCCUCAUCACGGACUGGAAGGAGCUCCUCGGCAUCUUGCGCGCGGCGCCGCGCCUCCAGUCGCUGUCGCUCUGCGGCGCUCGCUUGCAGGCUUCCACGCUGCCGACAGCUCUCUCGCGGAGAUCUCGCACGUCGGCAGAACUCGCAGAAAACAACGCAGGCGAGCCAGAGCUCAGCGUUCCCCCUGUUCUCUCUGAGUUGAGAGACCUGCAGCUCGACCGGACUUUUAUCACCUGGGAGGAGCUCCUGGCGUUCGAUACGCUCGCGCCUCAGCUCGUGCGGCUGUCGAUUCGCGCGAACGGCUUCUCGUCUUCUGCGUUGCUUCCUCUGUUCGCUCCCGCCGCGCGCCUUCCCGCCCACGGCGCUGCACCAAGCGAACAGAGAAAAGAAGAUGAAGGCGCAGAGGCGGACGCGAAUCCGAGAUGCGUCUUCCACGACCUCGAGGGGCUGGAUAUUUCUGAGAACAUCCUCGACAGCUGGGAGUCGCUCUUCGCCUGCCUGAUUCACCUUCCGCGCCUCACCACGAUCUGCGCCGUGGACUGCGCGCUGGGUGACUUCGCACGUGUACGUACAUCGCGGGAGCCUGGCCAGCCCCCAAGCCCUGCAGUCGCAGAGACCCAGGGGGAGAAGAAAGACGACGCGCAGACACCAGAGCUUUCUUCCGCUAAACUGCUUCCAGCAGCCCCAGAGGGAGACCAGGCCUCCUGGUUAGGAAAGGGGGGAGGCGAAGUCGAGGCGCGCGAGCGGUCAGCGUUGAGCUGGGCGCUUUCCAUGUCUGAAGAGCAGAGAGAACGAGUCACCGAGCUCUGCCUGGAAGACAACUGCCUCGACGCCUGGGAAACUGUCACGUGGCUUGCGCGGCUCUUUCCGCGCCUGGAGCGCCUCAUGCUGCAAGGAAAUCCGCUGCUCGUGCAGCCGAGCGCAAACGCCAGAGAUAAGCCUGCUCCGGUUGCUGCGGGCUUCGGGGCCUCCUCUCCGCAGCGACAGGUUAUGAUUGCCCUGUUUCCUAACUUAAAGGUGCUCAGUGGUGGCACCGUCUCGAAGGCCGACAGGUGUGCGGCUGAACGCUACACCCUGUCUCUUUUGCAUCGGAUCCGAAGAGCGAACGAAGAAGGCGAAUUCAGCGCUCUCCCCGUCCCUCUCGGACUCGUGGAGGUCCUCCGCCCGCCGGCCCAGGGCGUUGACCAAACGUGCUCGGUUCACGAAGCUCUACUCGAUCGCCUCACGAAGGCCCACGGAGACUUUUCUCUCGGAGGUGAGUUCUGCCGAGGAGGCGGCGCGGUGCUCGCCUCCAUGUUGAUCGAGGUUUUCCUUCAGCCAGACGCGGCGGCAAUUUUUCACAAACUGCCGGUGAAGAAGCGCGUGCCCAAGUCCAUGAGAGUCCGAGACCUCAAGACGCUUUGCAUGCGGCUCUUCGGGCUGCCAGUGGCCCACACCGAGCUGCUGUACAACGACGGGCACAUGCCGGUGAGCACGCCGCUGGAUGACGACGCGGCGUCUCUCGACUUCUUUGGAGUCGGCGACGGCUCCGUCGUUCGCGUGCAGGACAAGAGCGAGGCGAAGAGGCCGUGA